UUUCCAUUUGUUCACAAAGGGCUAUUCGAAGUGACUAAGUUUCACGUUGGUUGACGCGCAAAGGAGAGGCAACAGAUACGCUUUUUAUUGCAAUUCCAGCGAUAAGCAUUGAUAAGUAAUCAGAGUAGAUUACGAGCAACAAACAGGUCGGCCAGCAGAUGUCGCGAACUCCAAAGAGGCCUCUUCAAGCUCGAGGUCGUUCCCGAGAGCGUAUGCGGUCAGUAGCGCGUCGUCGGCGGCGUGUUGUCGUCGUCGUCGUCGUCGUCGAUCGUGCGUCGGGGAAGUGUUGUGCCGAGCGUGAACGCGUUAUUUUUAGUUGAAAAAGCUCAUCGUGCACUUGCAUCGACCACAUCCAAACGGGAACCGAUUUGAAGUGUCAAGCUCGCCGCCAACAUGACGGAUUCGCGGUGCGGAGAUGCCGUGCGUUAUUUAACGAGCGAGGAGAGGGAGUACGCGGCAAAGUACCUGAACGAGACGGACGAAAGCAAAGCGAGCGCGGUCGCAGAGAUCAGAUGUUGGAUCCAGGAGAACGAUCUCAUGCACUCACGCAUUGACGAGUUCUUCAUCUUGCGGUUUCUGCGUGCUUGCAAAUUCAACGUCGAGAAAGCCAAGAUCAAGAUGCGGAACUAUUACCAGCAGCGAUCUGAUCUGCCGGCGUGGUUCGCGAACAGGGAUCCACUUCUGCCGGAACUGCAGCAGUUGUUUGAUUUGGGAGUAUUUCUGCCAUUGCGGAAGCUGGACGACCAGGGAAGGAUGGUUAUCAUCGUGCGACCAACUGCGCACGAUCCGUAUAAGCAGCAGAUAUCGAACAUACUGAAGGUCUGUAUGAUGGUCUUCGAUCUGAGCUCGAGGGACCACGUAUCGGGAUCUUUGCGCGGCGUCUUCGCGAUCAUAGAUUUGGAUGGCGUCGGCCUCGGUCACGCUCUUCAGAUGCGUCCCAACAUCAUAAAGAACCUGGUGCACUCGUGGCAGGGUUGCUGUCCGAUCAGGAUCCAAUCGAUUAAUUUUGUGAACACACCUGCCUACGUAGACGUAGUCCUGUCGAUCUUCAAGCAAUUCAUGAACGUGAAGCUGAAGCAGAGAUUGAGCGUCUACAGACGCGGCGUGAAGAACAAUUGCUGCAAGGAGCUGCCACCUGAAAUCCUGCCGGUCGAGUACGGCGGCACCGACGGUUCGCUACAGGAAUUGAAAGACUAUUGGAAGAAAAUGGCUGUGGAGAAUCGCGACUGGUUUGCAGAUGACGAAAGGUACAAAAUGCUCUCUAGUGUGAAAUAAAUUGAUUAAAUUGAAAUUAUAUAAGUUUGCGGAGUGACGAACAAAGAUAACAAAUUUAUUAAAGCAAUAAAACGAAAGUGGUGCUAUCAUA